AUGGUAAAAAAUAAUGAAAAAAUAAUAGAUAAGUUAUCUUAAUUAGAAAUGAUAAAACAAAACAUUUACUAAGAGGCUAAGUAAAAUGAAAAAUAAGAAAAUUAGUUGGUUAAAGAAAAUAGCAAUCAAAUGAUUCUAACUUUAAAAAAAUUUUCAAAUUUUCAACUUGAAAAGAAAUAAAUCAUAAAUGCAUCAAGCUUUGAAAAUAAAGAUUGCGAGAUGUAGAAUUUCAAUGAAUUAGAAAAAAUUAAAAAUUUUGGUAGUAAAUAGUAAGAUAGAAACACUAAAUCAUUGAACUCUAAAACCAGCUAUGAAACAAAAUAAAUGACUCCAAUGAGUUAACAAUAUAUUUAAAACCCAUAGCCAGCAGAUGACAAAUAAUCUCACUUAUAUUUGGAUAUUUAUUCAAUUAAAUAUGAUGGUUAAUAAGAAAAUAACGGCGAAGUUGAGGUACAUUCAAAAUAAGUGAGCUUAAAAAAUUUAUUUAAUAACAAAACUCCUUUAAAUAAUCAAAAAAUUCUUAUUGAAAGUUAAAAAGAAUAACAUUUGAAUUCGAAAUAAACACUUUUAAUAUAAAAAUAGCUUGAUAAUUAUCAAAAUUAGCAAUAAUCUAAUAAAGUUUGUAAAUCAUAGUAACAAUAAUUAUAAAGUACCAUUUAAAAUAAAUUAGAGGAUUCAACUCAAUAAAAUAUCUUACUAAAUGAUGAAAAUAUGUUAUAAAAAAAUAAGAGCAAAUAGGAUUAAAAAAAACAAUAAAAAGAAGAAGAAGAAAAGCUCAAAUUGUAAAAAGCAAAAGAAAAGCUAGAUGAAUAUUUAAAAUUAGAAAGUUCGGUGAAAGGAAUCAUUGCUUUUCACAUAUUUCUCUCAACUUUCAUUAUUUAUGACCAAAAAUUUUCUCGUGCAAUAAGAUUUAUAAUUUACUAUAAUAAAAUGGUAUGGCUUUUGGCAUUAAAUUCAGUCUAUAGAGUAAAUAUUAGCUUAGUUUAAAUAAUUAUUCUGAGUAUUACAUCAACUAUUGUCCUGCUUAUUGUAACUACAAUACUUAUAGCUUUGCUUUCAAAAAAAAAGUUAAAAAUCAUCGGCUUAGUAAUUACUUUUCUAUUUUUACUAUUUUGUUAUUAUAGUAUUUUUAUUUAUUUCAGAAUUGAAUCCUAAGUAAGCUAAUAUUUGGAUAGGCUCUUAUUUUUUAACUCUAUUUAUUAAUGA